UGCAGCGUAUUGUCUUUAUCAAAUCAUUUGAGUUUUAGUCAACUCUGAGUCAAGUUUUGGCUCUGUAUACGCUGAAACUACUACUUUGCUUUUGGUAUUGUUAGUGGUUAUUAAAACUCAAACAAAGUACAGCAUAGCCGUUUGACAGCGAAAGUGUAACUGUACCAACCAUUUAACCCCAAAGGUUCGUGAAGGGAUUCUGGUUGUUUAAAGAACUCACUAGAGUAAAGUUUCAAAAUGUUUGAUGGUUGCAGAAAAGCUAUCAGAUAUGCCAUGUUUACAGCCAAUUUAUUAAUCUUGGUUGGCGGGAUCGUAGUUUUUGCCAUAGGAAUAUGGACGCUAGCAGACAAGGCGUUCAUGGAAAGACUUCUUGGCAGUAACCUGUACGUCAGUUCCGGUGCUAUUCUUAUUGCCACUGGUUUAAUAGCUGUUAUUAUAGCUUUUCUAGGAUGUAUGGGGGCACUGAAAGAAAUUAAAUGUAUGCUUUUAACGUUCUUCAUUAUCCUUUUAAUGAUAUUUAUCACAAUGCUUGUGGGUGGAAUCCUAGGCUUCGUCUUCAGAAAUGAAGUGGAGGAACACAUGCAUACCGAGAUGUUGAAAACGGUCAAACAGUACAUGAAUGACACCCCGGUAACAGAAGCUUGGGAUGCAGUGCAGACAAAGUUUGAAUGUUGUGGAAUUAAACCUGAUGGUGAUAGUUCCUACUUGCCAUAUAAGAUUUGGAUGGACAUGAAUCAAAACUUCAGAAUGAAGGGGCCCCAGGUCCCAAGUAGUUGCUGUAAAUCUAAAGCAGUGGUACUCCAAUGUCAACAGAACCCUUCUCCGGACACGACAUGGACGAGUGAAUGCUACGAGAAACUAAAGGAUUUUGUAAAAGAUCACGCUAUCGUCGUGGGUGGUAUAGGAAUAGGAAUCGCAUGUGUUAUGAUCAUUGGAAUGAUUUUGUCUUGUGCCCUUUUUCUGAUGAUAGGAAUUUGAAAGCUCAAUACAGUAGUAAAAUUGCUGCAGUGAGAUUGCACAAAUUAGUCACAAAACUAAUUUCUUUCUUUCUUUUUUUAUUAUUCCAAUAACUAACUUUAGUCAAAAUUCAGAUUGUAAAUGGUUUAUAAUCCGUAUUUGUUGUAUUUUGAAAACGUACUUUCCAAAAUUACUGACUGGCGAAAACAUUGAAACAUACAGAAAUAAGUUUUAUUGUACUUUGAUUUUCAACGGAAAUUAUUUUUUAACUAUUUACAUAACAACGAUUGUACAUAUUUGCCGAUACAAAUUUAAAACAACUGUUAAUAUAUACAAAAGUUUAUAUAUGUUUUUAGAUAUAUUUGUUGAGGCAAAGAUGGAAGCUCUUUUUUUUUAAACUUGUCAUACGUUUCUGAUAAUGUCAACGAUAAUUCCACAAUUUGCAGACAGUAUAAAAAACAAAAAAAAACAAUAUUGUAUUGAUCUAGAAACUAAUAGGAAUCGAAGAAGCUAUUUCCGGAGACCCUUUAGAUGUUUAU